AGCGAGAGAGAAAGAGAGAGAGAGAGAGAGAGUAAAGAUCACAGAUUUAGUGUUACUAGGUAGGGCCUGGCUUAGGGGUGGAGAAAGAGGGAGCAAGUGAUGAAUAGGAUAGGCAGAACUGUAGAAAAAAAGAAGGCAGUCUUAGGGUAGGACCUGACCUAGGGGUGUGGUUGGGUAUAAACUCUGAGUCUGCACACACUUGCCUGGGUGCCCCUCAACCCUACUCCCUCCAUCCCUACAUUUUUCCUCCAUUUUCCUCAUCUUUGAUCCUCUAAUUUCUAAUCUUCCACAAGCUGUCCAGCAGAAACAUCAGACAGAAAGCAUGCUAACUCUACUGGUGUUCACAUCUGUGGUGCUGCUCAGUGCAGCUCCCCAGUCAGAGGCUAUAGUGGUGUAUACUGGCUGGGAGAGACAUGCUCUGGUAGGCUCAGAUAUCCGGCUUUCCUGCUCUUUCUUCUCAUGGCGAUGGACUUCUGAUGAUGUCACCUUCUCUUGGAGCUACAGGCCAGAUGGGGCGAAAGACAGCAUCGCUAUUUUCCACUACACAAACGGAGUUCCCUAUAUGGACAACAAAGGACCAUUCCGGGACCGCCUGGAGUUUGUGGGUAACCCAGCUCGUCGCGAUGGCUCUAUCCUGAUCCGAAAUCUGGACUUUGCUGAUAAUGGAACCUUCACCUGUGAUGCCAAGAACCCUCCAGAUAUAGUGGGUCGACCCUCCAGUGUACGACUUCUGGUAUUUGAGAAAAUCCCAAUUCAGGCCGGCGUGAUCACAGGUGCGAUUAUUGGGGUGGUUUUAGGUUUGCUGAUCCUGGUGGUGGCCAUCUACUAUCUGAUGCGCUUCCUGGUGGCCCGGCGCGUCUUCAGCUUGAGUGUGAGCAAACAUGGCAAGAAAGGCAAAGGGAAAGAGGGAGCCCAGCAAAAACAGAAACCAAAGGUUCCCCCUGUUUACCUCUCCUUCUAAUUGCUCGUUCUCGGUUUCUCCCUUUCCCAUCUCUUUCUUCUUCUCUACCUCUAUGCCACUUUCUUCUUCUCUUUUUCCACUUCUGUUAAUCUUCACACCAUGCAUCAUAUAACAACACACCUCUUCUUUUCUCUCUCUCGCUAUGGCUCUCUCUCUUGCUCUUUCCUUUUUCUCGCUCUCUUUAUCCCUCACUCCUGCCAUAGUGACUCUAUCCUCCCCUCCCCACACUCCCUCUCUCUCCCCAGGCUUCUGUUGUGGUGGAUCCUGGCAAGCAGAAGGUGCCAGCAUCUGAGAAGAAGAAGCAAGAGAUGCGCAGAGAAAAGAAAUAGGGCUUCGCAAGCAGAGAGCUAGAACUCCAGGGUCAAAGACCUGGAGAAGGCAGGACAGACAGGAAGGACAGGGUUCUUAUGACCAUUGAGCUUGAGCUCAUCAAACAAGAGCAGACGGGGGGAGGAGAAGAGAAGCCCAAACAUAGCUCUGCUGCUCUUCUCUCCACCCUGUCCAAGCUCUCACACAAAAUCACUCUUGGUUGAGCGAGUGAAGGAUGCAAGAAGCGUGUGGAGGAGAGAAGGCCUUAAAGAGGAGGAAUUGGGAGGAUGAGUAGUCCCACAUCUGUAAAUUCAGUUUUAAGUUCAGAUCUGUGGUGUAGUUUCACAGUGUAUCUUAGGACUCACAGGAGCCAUUGAACGCACCCUGUGCCACUGAUUUUUUUUAUGACCCAAUGAAUAAACCCAUUCGCAUCAAAAAUUAAAAACCCAUAAACAUUACAGGGUGCUGCUUUAAAUAUUUAGGGCAAGAGCUAAAUGCUCUCACAACACUUUCUUUCUAUCACACACACACACACACACACACACACACACACACACACACAGUUCUGGGAUGGAAGAACAGUGACAACAUUAUUCUGCUAUCUCUCUAUCUAACACUGCCAUACUAUCUCUGUGGAUAAUGUGCAGUGUGAUGACCAUCUCACACCACACUGCAUGCAUGCAGAUAUACACUAAAAAUCAGAAUUUUUUGUCAGAUUUUUUUCUGCUGAUCCUGGAAAAGUCCCCUCCCCCCUGUUUUAUUCCUUUUCCACUCAUACUGUGCUGAUGUCAGAGCUGUUAUAAAAAAUAGCAAAACGUAUUAGGUAAUGGGCCACUUUAGCACUGGAGUCAAGCCAUUACGUAAUCUGAUGUGGAAGUUUCCUAGUAAAUGGUGUAAAAGUAAUUAUGAUUAGGAGGGUUUUACAAUUUGUACAUUUGGCUUUGAGAAUGCCUUUACCAAGUCACAUCCUCAUUUACAUAGCACAAAGAUAUUAUAAUAGACAACAAAAUAGGAGACAGAUAUUUUUUAAAUGAUUUUAGCUAUUUAUAGCUAUUAGCUUAGCUAUACUAAGUGUGUACUUGUUAAGUGGGAACUUUUUAAGAUCAAGUUAAAUUUUUAAAGUUGACAGUAAAAUAGUGCUUCCUCCUUAGAUUGAGUGAUUCAUGGUUGAGGUAUUUGAUUUUGCUAGUCAUUUACCAGUAAUCUUUUAAACCUUGUGCACCAUUCAUGUCUUUUUUUUUUUUUAAACCAGUUGCUCAUUAAGAAAUGGUGCUGGAAUCAAAUCUGUUUUACUGGUGGGGAAGCAGCAAUUUUGCACUAAAUCACAUGAAAUUAUUCAUAGCAGCAGCACUUUGUUGAGGGAAAAGGUCUGUUUUUGUCCUUUAUUGACUGCCUGGAAUCUCUGCUUUAACUAUUCCUUCUUUUUUUCUCUUCUCCCCUCCCUCUCUCUUUUUAUGCUCUUUUUGUCCUCUUCAUCUCUUUCACUUUCCUUCAUUUUAAACCCUUUUUUAUUUCUGAUUUCUCUCAUCUAUUGCAUAAUAUCAUAAUCAUUUGAUGCACUGGUGCUAUGGUAUCAUAUCCUGUUUUACUGUAGGCUGGUCCUUCAAAGUAGCCAUGCCUACCUUUUUUUAUAUUCAUUGCUUAAGGGCUAAAUAAAAAAAACAUAGGCCAAACCCACACACAAAAUGCACACAUAGAUACAUGAUUCAAUUCUAGAAAUCAAAAUCAGAGAAAAAAGUACUGUCAUCAAAGACUUACGCAUAACCAUCAAGUUUUUUUUAGAACACUUUACAAUCCAGAGCACUGUUCCUCACCAUGCAGGCUUGAGGCUAUUAGCGGGCCCUGGAGGGCAACCUCAGUGAAAUCCCCAACAUAGACUCUAAAAUAUCAUAAAAAUGUGUUUUGAUACACAUGUUGUGUUUUAUACAACUUCACUAAUUGGUGGAAAUACUAUGUUUCAGUAACAUGCUCAUAAAAUGCAUAAAGUGAAACUGCAUCAAGAUUACUUCUACCUAUCCUCCUUUUAAACUGAAUUAUUGCCCCCUGACUCCUAUUUUGGGUUGGUUUGUCCCUUUAGUUUAAUUUAGUGAAGAACACUGCUCUAGUACAACAUCCAUCUGCCGACAAACUUUAAAUCCAUGCAGCAUACAGCUGCUACACACAUUACUUAGGAAGGAGUGUGUGCUUGCAUGUGUGUGUUGCUCUGACUGUAGUGAUUGAAACCCUCAGAAUGAAGUUGAUACUGCUAGCAGAGUUUGUGCAUACAAAUAAAUAUGCACACACACACACACACACACACACACACACACAUACACACACACACACACGAGAGUGGGGAUUGCAACAGAGUCAUUGUAUAAAAAACACAAAAGACAAAAGUCAAACAGAAUCAGUCUAAUUAUUUGCCUCCCCACUCGCUCUCUCUCUCUCUCUCUCUCUCUCUCUCUCUCUUUCUCUCUCCCCUCUAUUUCAUAUUCAUACUAUUUUUCACUGACUCAGUCUUCUUUGACCUGAGGUGAGUGUUUCUUUUUUCCCCCUACCCCUCUACACAAAGCACACCAUUUCAAGCUACCAUGUUGUAUUUUCAUUGAUCUUCCUUCCAUAAAACCUCCAUUCUUCCACUCCUUAACUGUCCUUCAUCCAUCUCUCGCUCCUGUUGGUUUGAACAAUAUUCUGUUCGUUCCUGCCACCUCCUGCCCACACAAGGAAUUUCUUUUUUGGCCUUCUGAUGACACCAAAGCCAGAAUGCUAAUGUAGUUACCUAGCUCUCUGCUGACUGCGAAAGAUGAAUUUCUUUUCCCAUGUUUGUGUGCGUAUUUUUAGUGCAACAACAUGUGUAUAACCUGUCAAGAUGUUAAGAGAACAAAACAUUGAAGCAAAAAUGGAUUAUGUCUUACGUACCUAAUGCUAGUUAUGACAUGCUGUGCAAUAGUUUACUGGACCUGUGUGGGAAACAGAAAUGUAAUUUGUAUUUAAUUAUAUUUAUAUAUGCAUUUUUGACUGACAUGGUAGGAUUCAUUUAGCUUUUUUUUUCACAGUCUUGGUAUCCUAGGCUAUAGGAAGUAAUGCUGUGGAAACCAGCAAGACAGGAAGUCAUUAAGUUAGUGAUUGCAUGAAAUGUUAUAACCUGCAUAAAAUAUUUAUAAUCUGGAACAAACACUUGGGGGGAAUUCACAUUGGAGUGAAAUGUCAAGCCAAAGUCCACUGAACAUCACAAUCACACAAGAUAUGAUUCUCUUACCAAGUCUUCAUCCCUCAAAUGCACUAUGAGCUAUAGAUGGGCUUGGAUUUGAAACAUUGUGGGGAUUAAGCAUGUAAGACACCUGUAAGGUGCAUCUAGUAAGUGUAGGGUUACUUACACUCACACUUGAUUGAAAGUCCGAUGCUUUUUAUGCAUUUCUGAAUAAAUAUGGAACAGGUACCUGCUUCCCUGCAUUAAACCUGCAUUAAAAUAUGGAAUCAUUUCCAUGUUUUAUGUAUCAUGUAAUUGUAUAUGUAGUAGUGAGGACUUCUGAUAACAUUCCCUUUCCUCAAAUACAUUUUACAGUUUCUAAUCCUUUAUAUGUUUAAUUUAGUGCUAACCUCACUAGGCUAUUGGAGUUUUUUGUUAUGUAAAAUGUAUUGUAAAAAGGAAAUAAAGCUUGAUUUAAAAUCAGUCGUUUAAGAAACAAAUAAAUUUGGAGGUAAUAUCUGA